GCCCAGCCAGAAUGUGUUAAAUGCUUGCCUGGAUGCUGAUUUUCCAUCUAACACUAGGGGGUGAGCUUGCACUUUGUAGUAGGGCUGCAUUUCUUCACCCUCUGUGUUAAGUUCAGCAAAACUUCAUCAGAUGGGAAUGGCUAAGGGAACUUUUUCUCCAUCAGUUAGUUACACUCAGGCUCUGCCAAAGGUAGCCACAUGUUUUGCUUGUAUUCCCCUGCCCACUCUUAGCUGAUACUGUGGGGAGAAAAACAGGCAGACGCAGUGUUCUGGAGAAACUUCAACCCUGCUGGAGGAAAACACUGGGAUUUUUUUUUUUUUUUUAACUGUAAAGACAUCUCUUUACUUCAGUCUUAAAGAGGACGUGGUUUCUGAAGAGCCAAAAAAAUCCAAGUCCCAGGUUGUGGCACACUGUUACUGCAGCUGAGAACAAACUAUUCCCCCCCUUCCCCACCAAGUAUCAACAUGGAGACACUGCAUUUGUGUAGGGUGGUGCUUACAGCCUGCUUUCUUGGGUUUAGUAACUGCAUUAAUCCUUUCGCUGCCCAACAAACCCCCCCAGACCCCUGUUUUGACGAGAAUGAAAUGCCACGAAGGUGUAUUCCAGAGUUUGUCAAUGCUGCCUUUAGCAAAGAAGUCCAGGUUUCUAGUACAUGUGGGAAACCUCCAAAUAAAUACUGUUACAUUAGUGACAAGGGAGAUGGAAAGAUGCGUGUUUGCCAGAUCUGCAAUGCCUCUGACCCAAAGAGAGCUCACCCACCUUCCUACUUAACAGACCUCAACACAGCUACCAACACAACUUGCUGGCAGUCUGAAAACUUCUAUCACUCACCACAAAAUGUGUCACUAAUGCUCUCACUGGGAAAGAAGUUUGAAAUCACAUAUGUCAGCCUGCAGUUUUGUUCUCCUCGGCCUGAAUCCCUAGCAAUUUACAAGUCAAUGGACUAUGGUAAGAGUUGGGUCCCCUUCCAGUUCUAUUCCUCUCAGUGUCGAAAGAUGUACAACAAACCAAACAAAGCUGUGAUCACCAAACAGAAUGAGCAGGAAGCUCUCUGCACUGAUGGUCACACUGACCUGCAUCCCCUAACUGGGGGGCUGAUUGCUUUUAGCACUCUGGAUGGACGUCCUUCAGCUCAAGACUUUGAUAAUAGUCCUGUAUUACAAGACUGGGUCACAGCCACAGACAUCAAAGUGAUUUUCAGCAGGCCUCACUUCAUGAAAGAGCCUGGUGGGCGAGAUGGCAAGGAGGAAGAAGAAGGUGGGGUAUACUAUUAUGCUGUAGGGGAAAUGCAGGUAGGUGGACGAUGCAAGUGCAAUGGACAUGCAUCACGCUGUGUGAAGGAGAAGGAAGGGAAACUUGUCUGUGACUGUAAGCACAACACAGAAGGGCCAGACUGUGACCGCUGUAAGCCAUUUCACUAUGACAGGCCAUGGCAGAGGGCUACUUCACGGGAAGCUAAUGAGUGUGUAGCAUGUGAAUGUAACCUGCAUGCUAGACGCUGUCGUUUCAACAUGGAGCUUUACAAACUAUCGGGUAGGAAGAGUGGAGGGGUAUGUUUGAACUGUCGGCACAACACAGCAGGACGACACUGCCAUUACUGCCGUGAGGGUUUCUAUAGGGACAUGUCCAAGAUGAUAAAGGACAGAAAAGCCUGUAAAGCUUGUGACUGCCACCCAGUGGGUGCGGCUGGUAAAACCUGUAACCAGACAACAGGACAGUGCCCUUGUAAAGAUGGUGUCACAGGUCUCACUUGUAACCGCUGUGCUAAAGGUUACCAACAGAGCCGCUCUCCAGUGGCUCCAUGCAUCAAAAUUCCUGCUGUUCAUCCUACUGCGGUGAUCACCAGUACGGAAGAGCCAGAGUGUGAAUCAUACUGCAAGCCAGCAAAGGGUAAUUACAAGGUCAACAUGAAGAAAUAUUGCAAAAAGGACUAUGUGGUUCAAGUACAUGUUCUGAACAUGGAAAUGGUUGGCAGUUGGGCGAAGUUUGAUGUGCAGAUUUUGGCUGUUUACAAGUGUCGUGAUGAGCGGCUCAAGAGAGGUGACAGCUUCCUCUGGGUUCACAUGAGGGACCUCUUGUGCAAAUGUCCUAAGAUUCAGCUAAGCAAAAAAUACUUAGUGAUGGGUAGUAAUGAAGGGACCAAUGAAAGACCAGGCAUUAUGGCCAACAAGAACAGCCUUGUUAUCCAGUGGAGGGACGCCUGGACCCGGCGUCUUCGAAAACUCCAGCGACGGGAAAAGAAAGGCAAAUGCUUAAAGGCAUGAUAUGCUGCUUAUCUUCAUGAGAUAAUUGCAAGAAGGAUCUGUGUGUACAUAACCAGAAAAGACUGCACUGUAAAGUGUGUUAUUUUUGUAUCCUGGUUUGCCUUUCAUAUAAUAAAAGAAGGACCUUAUACAAGGCUUGAAUUUAAGGCAGGCAGUAAAUAUAACCAACACGUUUCUAACACAAGACUGCUUUAUUGUGACAACAAGAAGGAUAUAGCUCUUGCACAAAAAGACGAACUGUGUCAAAAACUGGUGGUGCAAAGGUGCUGUGCCAUUAGAUAUGGAGGUGCUCUGGUCACUCUUUCCUUAUGUCCCCCUUUCCUGUCUUCCUCCCUUGCAUUUCACUUGACCAUUGCCUGUGGUAUAUCUUGAAUAUUGUAUCUGAAAAAGCAUUUGCUAAUGACAGAAUGGGGGAGGAUAGGAGUAAUGUGGUCUUUGUACCCUCAGCAGACAUAACAUAAAGGCUCACUGCAUUUGUCUUUCUUUUAUUCACAUGUUAAUUGAAGCUCAGAGCUGAAGUUUUAAUAAAAUGACAUUUAGCAAUUUGCUAAGAUAAGAAAACAAAUGGCUGCUGCUAACUUCAACAGCCAGAGAAGCACAUUUUCUCUUUCUUAGAUAACCAUAUUUAAUUGUGUUCAUUUUUCUGAAGUAUUUUACAAAGUUUGUCUCACUUCUCUCAGGCACUGUCAGACCUCUGGCUUUAAAGAAAAUGCAUGUGACCUCAUAUAAACCCAUGACCAUUUUUUUGAAAUUUAAGAAGUUGUGAACUCAAGCUGUAGUUCCCUGAAAUGGAAUUGCAGUAGCUUCACACAUCAACAUUAUUUUAAAAUUAAUCAGCAAUAUGCAGAUGCCAUGGCCACUGAUUCCAUUUCCUUUCUGCACCCCAAUAUAGAAGAUAACUCCUGUUAGCAUGUUUUUUAAGUCCCUCAUAUACUCAGCACUAGGUGCACACAAGGGUAUAGAAUUUGACCUAUGCUCAUGAACAUUCCUUUAAUUUUAAUACAGCCUUUGUAUUCUGCUUUUUAAGGGGUAGCUAUAGCCAAUUGAAGGGAAGUUGGCAGAAGAGUAAGUCGCCAAACUCUCCCACUCUGUCCCUUGGUCAGUAGAAACUGUCUUAAGGUUAUCAAGCCCUUCUUUAAGCAGAGGGAGACCCUCAAUACAAUUGCAACUAAAUAUAUAACCAAAUUUGAGGUCAUAACACAAUGGUGUAUUUGGCAAUCAGUGGAUGAAUUACCUCAAGGUCGGUCUUCUAUUGGUUACCUACCUUACUCACAGUUUGUUUUAAUUUGAAUAGUCACAACUGUCUGCUAUUCUCUUGCCUGGCACUUACAUAGUAGUAUUAUAUAAGAAGAGGGCAUUUGCCUUGAAAACAUAUUUUUGCUGUGUUGUUGUAAUUACAAUUCAACUUGUGUCCUGGUCAUUCAUGUGGGAAUAUAGCUGACAGACCAUGUGAGAGUAUAGCUGACAUUUUGAAAGGUCAUGUUUUGCUGGACUCUGAAUGUUACGUCAUUUUUGUUUUACUUGAUGGCUGUGGGAAAUUGUCUAUUCUUAACAAAUAGAAAUUACCAAAAAAACCUACGGGAAUGAAGUGCCAUCAUUAUCUUAACUGGGCAGACAUCAGAAAAUGAUUCUGAUAAAAUAUUUAGUAGGACAACAUUCUGAAACAGGCGAACGUGCAGGGGAAUUUUUGCAGAGAUAGGAAUGAGAAGCCUUACAUUCAACUGGUGCUCCUUUCUUCCAUAAGGAUACACUUAAAAGGUACAAACAGUAAGAAUCCAGAGUACAUACUUGACAAUUGAUUCAUUUUCUUUGAACCUGUUGAGGAUAACCCUGCAAAGAAGGUUUUUGGCUGGACAUUAUCAUCUUGGGGGAACUAAUUAAUUCCCUAAUGCCUGUUAUGUCAAAACUACUAGCUCAAGCAAGUAAUGCAGAAGUCUUUUUAUACACAGCGUAACCCCCUCUCCCUCAUACACACACACACACAGUCCCCAUACACAGGGCUGCACACCCUAUACCUUUGUAGUAUAAUGGUCAAUCCCUGUGGUAAGUUUGGCCUUCUGUGAGUUGCCCAGCCUGACUUUUAGACUUGAUAGAAUGCAUUUGUUGACAUGGUCCUUUGUGGACUGAGUGACAACCCAUUGGUAGGAACUCCUGUAUGCCUGCUACAGACAUCUGCUGUCCUUCAUCUGUAUUUUGUUUACUUGGGGAGCCCAGUAGUGGGUAUCUAAACCACUUGUAUGCUGUAUACUUGGAUUAUCUCUAAGUUGCGCAAUCCAUAGUCAUAUUGUAUAUAGUACACAACUUGUGGGCAGUUAAGGUGAGUAGUCCCAUGCCUUUUGCAUAUCUACAUUUAAAUUAGAUAAGGCCAUGACAACCUACCCAGUUCUCUGUCAGCUUUUCUCCAAAUAGGUAUGGAGAGCUUUUCUAAGUUAUUGCUAGGUUGCUUGUCCCCAACAAGUAGUUAGCAUAUUGUGAUAUAAACUUAGAGUAAGAUUACAGUAUGUCACAUUUACUGUUGUAAUUUCAGCUGUGAAGGACUUUAUCAUUAUAGACAGGAUGUAUCAUUAUUUUAGCAAGCACAUAAUUACCCUUGGUUGCCUUGUUCCUGGGCCAAGUGUAUUCCAGAAGCAGCACUCAAACUGGCUAUGAUGGAGGACAAGUUAACAAAUCAUUGUUUGCAUGUGGUUUCAUGAAAGACCAUUUCAUUGAAACCAUCACUGCACGGAGAGGGUAUCUCCUUAUUAUCAAUGUUCAGCAACCACUGAUAUGGUUUUAUAAGUAGCAGUGGUACAUAGCGUAUAUCCUUAUGAGACUUUGUCACUCAUGAACAAAUAUAUAAUUUUAUUACAUUUGCAAGUCUCAUUUUUGGUCUUUCUUUUUCCUUAGCAAUGGGGAUUACACAAGCUGAGUUUGAUAAACAGCCAUAGGCCCAAGUCUGAGCAUAGACUGCUGUUGCAUGUCAUGUAAAGGUCUGCCUUAUGCGGACAGCCUCAUCGCAUUUAUAUACUGUGUAAAUGGAAUGUUACCACAGUUAUACCCACAUACUUGUGCAGGUUGUGUAACUGGGGUAACCAUAGACACAAAACUUAAAUUACUCUUGUAUGCUGUACAGAUGCAGUCUUCAUACAGCUAAUGUUAUAAUAUCACUCUGACCUUCUAUGUUGUAGAAUUAGUGAAAUCCUAUAGUGGAUAUACCUCUAGCCUUACAAAGUGUAUAACUGGAGUAAGAAAUCCUGUGGAAAUUACUUCAUUGCCAUCUUAUAUUGCGUAUAUUAAAAUGACUGCUGGAAAUGCUAUGUUACUAUUGCAUGUCGUGCACUGAGCUAGGCUUCUUUUAUAGGUCAUGGCAUGAUUGCCAAGUGUAGCACAUUUCACCAGAAAUCCUAGAGCUUUCCUUAUAUGCCACAUUUGGGCUAACAAAAAUAGAGACUACAUCCCCACCCCCAUCAGAGUGAUGGGUGCCUGGAGUAAGGUUGUUGUGACCACCAUUUCCUUUUAAUGAGUUAUACUUAGCCCAAGCCAAACAUGAACACGUUACCCUUGGGAACUUUGCAUAUCACAUAUAAUAAAUGAACUAUUGUUGAAAUGGGCUUUACAAAAAGAGUGAGUGUUUCUCUUAUAGGCUAUGUGCAUAUUUGAAUAAGUCAUCCAGGUAUGGCUUUGUUUAACCAUUGAAGGACGGGCUGCUUAAAGUCCAGUUAACUACAGGUUAUGAGGACAAAACAGCCACUGGAGCCAUACACUGGCAGCAAUGACAACCUCAGAGUUAAAAUAAAUAUGCUCACAUUGUGAGGCACAAAGUUCUCUAUCGAAGAAGGUUGCUAGUGAUUUUGUGUGCGUAUGCCUUUGCGUGUGGUGUGUGCUAGGUUAUACACAUGUAAUCGGUGAUUGUUGCCAAAUUUGUAGUACUAUGUGAAUGAAGUAUAUUAAUCUUGAAGAAGAUAAUUUCUAACAAUCCAGCCAGAAUUACUCAAAUGCAAUUUUUUUAUUGUGCAGAAAAAAUCAGGUCGUCUAGGUUUUCUUGCUAAGGCUUGAUUGACAGUGUCAAAAAAAUGGGGCAUUCCACUAACAUUGUUAAUGUGAACAAAGGGUGUGCAUUCU